GACCACGGCUGGACACCGUAGAGCCCACAUAAUCUAAUACCCCCCAUAGACGCAUCCGGUCCAGCCCUGGUGCUCGCCCUACCCAGCGUAUUUCCCCCAAUGCCUCAUACCCAGUCCGCCGACGGUGCACGCGAUGUCGAAAAGCUGCCCUUUAUCAAAUUCGAGGAGAACGAUGAGCCCCAGCCUCAGCGGAAUGCCCCGCUCGACGACGCGCAGCCGCCUACCUUCCUCGGCAUGCCGCUCAAAUACGUUUCGCUGGUGACCCUCGCGGUGCAGAACGCGCUCCUGACGAUCAUCAUGCACUACUCGCGCGUGUCGACGCCCCCGUCGCGAGCGUACUCGGCCGCCGCCGCGGUGCUCAUGAACGAGCUCCUCAAGGGCGGCAUCUCGAUGGCCAUCGCGUUCGUCCGUCUGGACUACUACGCCAGCGCGUCCAACGCCUCGUUCGCCGUCUCCACGUCGCUCUGGCGCCCGCAAACGCUCCUGUUGCGCUUCCGGCGGUUAGGGAGGGAGGUCUUCAGCCCCGACUGUUGGAAAUUGUCCAUACCGGCUAUCCUAUACGUCAUCCAAAAUAAUUUGCAAUACGUGGCCGCUUCCAACCUCGACGCGGCGACGUUCCAGGUCACCUAUCAAAUGAAGAUCCUCACCACCGCCUUCUUUUCCGUCCUCAUGUUGCGCAAACGCCUCAGCCCCGUCAAGUGGGCCGCGCUCAUCUUCCUCGCACUGGGAGUCGGCGUGGUCCAAAUCCAGUCGGGCGCGGGACACGCUCCCUCAUCCGCGCCGGAUGUUCACACUAUGUUCCCCUUCAAGGGCUUCCUCGCCGUCACCGCCGCCUGCUUCACCUCCGGGCUCGCGGGCGUGUAUUUUGAGAUGGUGCUGAAGAACUCGCAGGCGGACCUGUGGGUGCGGAACGUGCAGCUCUCCUUGUUCUCGCUCCUUCCCGCGCUCGUGCCCAUUAUAUGGAACGGCGCGCCGAGGGAAGCCGGAGCGUGGUUCGGCGUGCACCUUUUCCGCAACUUCGGCCCCUGGGCGUGGGCGACGGUCGCGAUCCAAGUCUUUGGUGGGCUCAUCACCGCGCUCGUGAUCAAGUUUGCGGACAACAUCCUCAAGGGCUUCGCAACGAGCUUGAGCAUCGUUAUCAGCUUCUUGGCCAGCGUCGCGCUGUUCGACAUGCAGCUGACGUUCAGCUUCAUCCUCGGUUCGAGCAUCGUGCUCGUGGCGACUUGGCUGUAUAACCAGCCGGAGAAUCAGAGGAGGGCAAGCGGCGACUGGAGCUUCAUGGGACGCCGGCCUGCGCUGUCGCGCUCGGCUUCGGCACUCGGACAAGCGGGUCUCGUCAUGUCGCAGGCGGCGAGGAAAUUGUCGGCGUCUUCGCUAUCGUUGUCCUCCUUGACCACCCUCUCGACCCCGCCUAGCCCGACGGAAGACACGCUGCCGAUGUACCAGCCGUCGUCAUUGUUCGAUUCGGACAAGAUGGACGAUAAGCUCGACAAGCCGGUACCACAGAGCUUCAAGACGGUCGCCGCCGCGUUCGGUCUCUCGAGCCCACCACCACCGCAAGAAAUCCUCGUCGACAUCGACCUCAGCUCCUCCGUCACCAUCGACGACUUCCGCAGCCAGUACCCCGCUGGUCAACACUGCUUCCUCGCGCCAUCGCUAUCGCGCGGCUCGUCAUCACAAAGGUUGCCCUCGCGGGCGCACUCCCCCGACCUCAUACCUACAAAACCCUACCACCAGCUAUCGUCGCUCUCCGGCACCCGCCCACCCUCACGACUCGCGCAAUCGACGUCCGCGCCGGGGGCGUUCAGCAACCUUUCGUCAUGACCCCGCCUCUCAGUCGGAUAACUUAUCCUUGCUAUUCGUCUUCACGAACUCUCCGCGCACGAACAUUCAUCUGUUUAUAACGUCCGCUACCAGCACAGCACUGACUACCCAAUCCACACUAUUCGUUUCACGCUGUCCUUCACGUUGAACUAUGACUUUCUCAUAUUAUACGCAGCCCCCCUCCCCCCCGCGAGCUCUCCUUCUAUCUAUCCCUUUCGUACAACUAGACGAGCGCUCAGCUGCCAUUUUCCGUGUGUGUGUCUACGCUGAUAUCGUUUGGGACUUGCAUAGCCGACGCCAUCACCGCCACUACCCUCGCGUUUUACCC